GAAUAAGGCGGCCGUCAGCCUGAGUCAAUGCGGGGAAGGGUUAGGGCCGGUACCCCACGUAACCCGCCGGCUUCGGCGCGGAGUCUCGGAAGCGGAUAAUCAAGUCAGGCGAGGAUUUGUGGGAGGGGAGGAGUUAUAGAAAGGGUGCUGCCUCCACAUCUGGUGUCUCCACAGUCCUGACAUAUCUCAUAUUCAUACAUCUCUCAUCUCAUAAGUUCAUCACCACCAUGCCGGAAUACAAACCCGUCCCGCUGCCACCGCUCAGAGACCUCAACGAUGACAACAUCACCGAAAACACAAUCAUCGUCAACAACCAGUCGCCCUCCCCCCGUCUGCGCUACGUGUUUGCCCGACUAGUCACCCACCUCCACGACUUUGCCCGCGAGACCCGGCUCUCGUCCGACGAGUGGAUGGCCGCGAUCGAGUUCCUGACCGCCGUCGGCCAGAUCUGCUCCGAGACCCGCCAGGAGUUCAUCCUGCUGUCGGACGUCAUGGGCCUGUCGUGCCUCGUCGACGUCAUGAACCACCCCAAGCCCGCCGGCGCGACCUCCGGCACCGUCCUCGGCCCGUUCCACACGCACGACGCGCUCGAGUUCAGUCAGGGCGAGUCCAUCUGCUCGGAAGGCAAGGGCGAGCCCGCCCUGGUCUCGAUCACGAUCAAGGACACCGCCGGCCGGCCGAUCGAGGGCGUCGCCGUCGACAUCUGGGAGACCGACGAGACCGGACACUACGAUACCCAGUACGCCGACCGCGAGGGCCCGGACUGCCGCGGUAUCCUAAAGUCGAACGAGAAGGGCGAGAUUGUGUUCAAGGCGAUCAGACCUGUUCCGUACCCGAUCCCGCACGACGGCCCGGUCGGCAAGCUGCUUGAGAAGCUCGGCCGUCAUCCGUACAGACCUUCGCACAUGCACUUCAAGUUCGACAAGCCCGGCUACGACGAGCUCGUGACGUCGCUGUACUUGCGCGGCGACCCCUACGAGACCACUGAUGCUGUGUUUGGCGUCAAGUCGUCGCUUAUUCUCGACUUGAAGAAGAUCGAGGACGCCGAGCUUGCAAAGACGCACGACUUGAAGGUCGAUGAUUAUCUGAUUACGUAUGACUUUGUGCUGGUCACAGACGAGGAGGCGAAGACGCUCAAGAUCAAGAAUGCGGAGGAGGCGUUGAAGAAGCUUGGAGUUACUGCUCUGGUUGUCGAGGGAUUGCCGAUCGAUGCGCUGGACUAGUCGAUUGUUUAGUAGCUACAAUAUAUCAUUGUUUCAUUACCUCUUACAAUUCCGCUCUGUUGUAAACAAGUACAAUUCCGUCAUAAUAUAAAUAUCUACCAAUUGCAGUCAGAAGAACAGAAAAACAUCAGCAGAACUGAUUGCAAUAGACUCUCGCUGAGUGGCCAGCUCUGUUCUCCCGUUCGAGCAAUUGCGGGGCACCCGGCCGCGCGGAAUCUCAGUUAACGCGAUUAAAUUCAUUCAUUUUUCCCCAAUUUUUUAUUUUCUUCCCCGCCGCCAUUGUUUACUUUCGGUUCGGUUGCCAAUCGGCAGCUCAGCUGCGCAAUUGGCUGCUUCCACUUCUUCCUCUUCGGUCUUUGCCCUCGUCUCCUCUCCGCCCGGCUGUCCGGCUUUGUUGAC